UUCGUACACACGUCAGGAUGGAUGUUAGUAUCAUACAUCCAAAAACAUAUGAUUCAAAACGCUUGUGAAAUUCUAUGCCCAAUUCUUCAUUUCUCCUUGUUCAAUACGAAAGAAAUUUUAGUGGCCUUAUGGGUUAUCCGAGGAGCCUUUUUAAUAAUCCAGUGAUUAGAGAGCACUUUUCUGGGUUGGAAACCAUGAAUUCCAGAUUUAAGAAGCUCUAUCUCAAACGCUUUCUUCGGGCUCUGAAAAGACUCAGAAAGGGCACGAGAAGCAGUCAAGGAAGUGGAGAUGAAGAUGCAGAGGUUCCGUGUUCGAGUCGCACUAUAAAGCUGGCAGCCGAUGUCUCACUUGCCCUCACUGCAAACCGCUCAGCCUGGGGCCGCGCGCUGCUCAACAGAUUAUCUAGUGAUGAAAAAAACAGGCCUCUUCUCAGAAAUGCUCUGGAGCCAUGGAAAUUCCAGGCAGUAAUGGCGCAGAGGGCAAAAUACCAGUCUUGUUGGAUACUGCGGUCAAGGCUAAAAAAAGCCCAUAUGCAGCAGCACAAAAUUUGUUCAAGACAGAGCACCUUAUCAUUAUAUCGAUUUUUGUUGUCUCAGAGAAUGGAACCUGCGACGUCCUCAGAGGUGGAAGAGGUUAAGAGACGUACGAGGCAGCUCAAAAGGUUAAUUCCUGGUGGAAAAUCAAUGGACAUGCCCUGUUUGCUUGGAGAAACUGCCCAUUACAUCGCAUAUCUCACAGGACAGGUACAAGUACUGCAAUCUCUACUAAAUUCUGCGAUAUAAUAACAAGCACCCAGCUUGAAUAUACGACAGAUAAAAACAAUAUCGCCACAGCUAAAUAACAGCUGCAGUUCAGUUUUUUUCUUGGUUUUCUUCUUUUUUUUUGUUUUUCUUCUUUUCUUCCAAUAGUACGUUGUAUAUAUAGUUUUCCUCAAAGUUCCUCAAAAUGCUAUACUUUACUGCGGGUUAUGCCCUACCAACGGUUGGAGGACAGGGCCUUUGCAAUGAAUGUUUGAUUUUGUGUAGACAUUUCACCAUAUUGUUGAAUCCCCAAAAGAUUGCCUGCUGCUUGUUUUAUUCUAUGGCGAAUUUCCCUCUCCAAUGAAAUCUUUCUUUGAUUUAGGUUA